UCAGGCGUUGCCGGGAAGCGAAAGCGAAAGCCUGGGCAGGGGAAGUGGAGCCGAGGCGGCGCGGGCGCUUCCAGCGCUUCGCCCUCAGCCUUUAGCCGGAGGACCCGGAGCCACGGCCGGUAACGCCAUGCGGCUCCCGGACCUGACACCCUGGGCCUCCCUGCUGCUGGCCGAUCUGGCCUUACUCUGGCUGCUCCAGGGGUCUCUGGGGUCUCUGCUGCCCCGGGGCCUUCCAGGCCUGUGGCUGGAGGGGGCGCUGCGACUCGGAGGGCUGUGGUGGCUGCUGACGCUGGGAGGGCUGCUGGGAUGCCUGGGGGCUCUGCUGCCCCCCCUGUGCCUGGCGACGCCUCUGUUUCUCUCCCUGAGGGCGCUGGUCCCUGGGGCCUUGAGUGCGCCCCCCGCCAGAGUGGCCUCCGCCUCUUGGAGCUGGCUGCUGCUGGGGUACGGGGCUGCGGGGCUAGGCUGGGCCGUGUGGGCUGUGCUGAGCCGUCCCGCAGCCCAGACGGGAGACCAGGGCCAGGAGAACAACAAAGCCUUGAUGUGGAGGUUGCUGAAGCUCUCCAGGCCAGACCUGCCUUUCCUCAUCGCCGCCUUCAUCUUCCUUGUUCUUGCGGUGCUGGGUGAGACAUUAAUCCCACACUAUUCUGGUCGAGUGAUUGACAUCCUGGGAGGUGACUUUGACCCUCAUGCUUUUGCCAGUGCCAUCUUUUUCAUGUGUGUCUUCUCCUUUGGGAGCUCGCUGUGUGCUGGGUGCCGUGGAGGCUCCUUCCUCUACACCAUGUCCAACAUCAACCUGCGGAUCCGGGAGCAGCUUUUCUCCUCCCUUCUACGCCAGGACCUCGGGUUCUUCCAGGAGACGAAGACAGGGGAGCUGAAUUCCAGGAUGAACUCGGACACCACCCUGAUGAGCCGCUGGCUUCCCCUGAAUGCCAACGUGUUCUUGCGGAGCCUGGUCAAAGUGGUGGGGCUGUACAGCUUCAUGCUCAGCUUGUCCCCCCGUCUCACCCUUCUGUCUCUGCUGGACGUGCCUCUCACCAUUGCGGCCGAAAAGGUGUACAACCUCCGCCACCAGGCGGUGCUUCUGGAGAUCCAGGAUGCAGUGGCCAAGGCAGGGCAGGUGGUGCGUGAGGCCGUUGGAGGGCUGCCGACUGUGCGCAGCUUUGGGGCUGAGGAGCAAGAGGUGUGCCGCUAUAAGGAGGCCCUUGAACGAUGCCGGCAGCUGAGGUGGCGCAGAGACCUGGAACGGGCCAUCUACUUGCUCUUUAGGAGGAUGCUGCAACUGGGUGUGCAGGUGCUUAUGCUGAACUGUGGGCUGCAGCAGAUCCUGGGUGGGUCCCUCUCCCGGGGCGGGCUGCUCUCCUUUCUGCUCUACCAAGAGAACGUGGGCCAGUAUGUGCAGACCCUGGUGUACAUAUGUGGGGACAUGCUGAGCAACGUGGGGGCCGCGGAGAAGGUUUUCCGGUACCUGGACCGAAAGCCCAAUCUGCCUCCUUCGGGGACACUGGCCCCUCCCACUCUGCGGGGGCUGGUGGAGUUCCGGGGAGUGACCUUCGCGUACCCCAAUAGUCCUGACCGGCCUGUGCUCAAGGGGCUGACGUUCACCCUGCGACCUGGUGAGGUGACGGCCCUGGUGGGGCCCAACGGGUCUGGGAAGAGCACCGUGGCCGCCCUGCUGCAGAAUCUGUACCAGCCCACAGGGGGGCAGGUGCUGCUGGAUGGGGAGCCCCUCUCCCUGUACGAACACGGCUACCUGCACCGACAGGUGACCGUGGUGGGGCAGGAGCCGGUGCUGUUCUCGGGGUCCGUGCGCGACAACAUCGCCUACGGGCUGAAGCGCUGCAGCGAGGAGAAGGUGCUGGCUGCCACCCGGGCAGCCCGAGCGGAUGAGUUCAUAGACGAAAUGGAGCACGGCCUAAAUACAGAUGUAGGGGAGAGAGGAAAAUUGUUGGCCGCGGGGCAGAAACAACGACUGGCCAUUGCCCGGGCCCUUGUGCGGGAGCCACGCGUCCUCAUCCUGGACGAAGCCACCAGUGCCCUGGACGUGCAGUGUGAGCAGGCCGUGCAGGAUUGGAAAGCCCGUGGGGACCUAACGGUGCUGGUGAUUGCCCACCGGAUGCAGACACUUCAAAGCGCAGACCAGAUCCUGGUGCUGAGACAGGGGCAGCUGCAGGAGCAAGCUCAGCUCAUGGAGGGGCAGGACCUGUAUUCCCGACUGGUGCAGCAGCAGCAGCAGCAGCAGCAGCAACAGCAGUAGCAGUAGCAGCAACAGGAGGAGGAGCCCCAGGACUCUGGGCCCAUCACGGGGGCAUCUUCAUGACCCCGGGUAGCUCCUGCCUUGAAUUUCCCUGGGCUGUGCCUGGUCGUUGUUCCUGGAGCUGGGUUGGCUGUCUGGACCAUGUGCAUUUCCUCCUGGUGGGCCUCAAUGCUGCCGGUGUCCAAAUACUUGGUUUCCUGGGCCCACAGUGCUUUUCUUGGCCCUGCGUAGUGUAUGGUACAUAUAUUUUAAAAUAUUUUUUCCACAAUGUAUAAAUAGCACACAUUCAUGUAGAAAAGUGAAAAUGUGGGCCUUCCCGGUGGCGCAGCGGGUUGAUCGCUGCCCUGUGAAGCUGUCCGCAGCCUCUGCAGCAUGGUUCAAUUCCUGGCCGGCCAGGGAGAUUCCCACAUGGCACGGCAGACCUCUCUUGUCUAGCCUGCUGCUCGCCUCAGCAGUGUCUUUGGUCUGUCUGCCUGCUCUGCUCCCCGCUCUGUCUCUGGUGAAUUCCCUCACCCUCCUGCGUCUCUGACAGUGCCCCAGUUCUUGUAUAAAUAUAUCAAAAAAAAAAAAAGAAAAGUGAAAGUGAUUUUUUUUUUUAUCUUAAUAACCAUGGUUACUGUUUUCCUGGGUAGCCUAUUGUUUGAGAUACAUAAUAGCUAAAAUGACAUAAAUAUUCAUGAGGUUGUCUUUUUUGUAUCCUCCCCCAUUCCCACUGGUGUCAGAUAUUUUUUGGGAAACUUGAGUGGAAGGGAAGCUCGUGGUUCUCUAAUUUACAGUGUUAAAACACUGAUAACAAUGACUACUUACAGUGCUUAAUGAGUAGGCACUAUGUGUUUUUCAUCUAUUAUCUUACUUCAUUGUUAUCCUCAAAUCUAGGAGGUUUGUAUUAUCUUAUUUAAUCCUUAUCCUGAAAACUAAAAACCAUUUUAUAGAGAGGAAACCAAAUUUGAAAAAGAUUAAAUAACUCUCCAGGUCACACAGUGGUGGAUUUCGAAUUUGAAUCCAGGCCUGACCCCAGAGUUCAUGACCUCAACCAAUAAAUUACAUUGUGUCUUGUGUCCCUAAUCUCUAAUUCAUAAUGAGAUCAAAUAAAAUUCUUUCAUUUCUAGUGUUGAGUACCUCUGCGUCCAUUAUGUUUUCUCUUGUGCCAUUGUUUUAACUUUCACUCAGUUUUUGGUUUUCUCAUCACCAGAGUUGAUCACCAUUUCUAGCCACUCUUUGUGAAGUCUCUUCUCUUUCUAGAAGGCACAGAGGUUACUGUCACUUCUGUAAAAUCCUUCCAUUGCUCAUCCUCCCUUUCUGCCCAGGGCUCCCUGAGGGCACUCCAGGUUUUCCAACCUGAUUGUCUCCCCUUUUCCU